ACAUUCGGGUUAUCACCACGUAGGUGGGACUUCCUUAAAUCAUUCACUUUCCGGCUUCACCAUUGAAGGGCACCAGUUUGCUUGAUUGCAUACAGAAAUCAUGGGUGGACACGACGCUGGAAGUCAACACCAGUUCACUGGCAUUGCCAAGUACUUCAACUCAUACACAAUCACUGGCAGGAGGAAUUGUGUGUUGGCCACAUACGCCAGCAUUGCAGCCAUCAUCCUCUUCUUCAAAUUGAAGCCCAAGAAGCAAAAGGCUGUGACGUCAAGUUAACUUAUUGAUGUUUUUUUGAUUGCAGCAUGAAAAUUGGUGCGGGAUUUGUUGAAUUUACUUCUAUGUAAGGAAUAAACUGAAAAAUCUAAACCACA